AUGACCAUGUUUUAUGUAGCAACAAUUCUGUUUUUUCUACAGUGCACCAAAUGUGAAUCUGCUGGUAGAAUCCAAUAUUCCAUGGAAGAGAAUGUCGUCCAAAAGAGCGUAGUGAGGAUUGAUCGAAACAACGGAGAGUUGGAAUUUCCCACUGCUCUUUCUCCCAUGUCAAUGGCUGUCACUGUUCGAGCUACCGCGAAAACAGGAUCCAAUCAGUACGUGACUGCAUUUGCAGUGGUUCGUGUCCAUGUGGUCUGUUUUGUCAGCUCACACGCCUGGGACACAAUCCGAAAUUUGGCGAGUAUCAAAUUUAUCAAUCCGAUUGAUAUUUGUCACUUCCAAUUUCGCAAUUUCAAUAUCCGAUCGGAAGAUGAUUCCAGCUCCAAUCUUGAUGAACCUAAUGCCGUCCACUUAUCAUACCGAAUUCGUUUUCGUCGGUUCGGAUGUCUCGUGCGAUCUAGUUUGAGGUGUACUGUAUCUGAAGGAGUUCAGCUGACAAAUGCAACCAUUGGAGAAAUCGGAUCUGGCAUGAAGUGUCCGAACGAACUGAGCAGACCGACAAUGUUUUCUAUCGGUCGCAAAUCGGUGGACCUCAAUUUGGGAGAUCUGUGUGGAACGGGAAAUGAAGACAGCUGGAUUGAUAUAGCAGUGGUCGUCUCCGUCAAUGAUGAGCCGACACAGUCAUUCAUAGACUGCGCAACUUUCGUUGAACAAACAGUGAUUGCGGAUUCUCGCCUACGCCACUGGAUUAAAACCCCGUCGGAAUAUGGGAUUCUCAAGAGAAAUAGACGUUCGAAUCGUAAUAUAACUUUGACCAUUAAAAAGGACGAAAAAACAGAUCAAAUGAACAGACCAAAAUCCGUUACAUUCGUUUUCUACAUACCAAAAGGAACUUCAGUAAAUCUGGCAUCAUUAUCAUUGACGUGCCCAAAGUCAUCGGGCUCGAAUAAACCACAAUGUACUGUGAAACGUCUCCGUUUGAGCAAGGGAAUCAAUGUCAAGUUUAAAGAUUUGUUUGCUUUAAAUAUCACUGACUUCAACUCGGUCCAACAGAAUCGAAUUCAAGUGAAUCUCACAAAACUCGAAGCUACGGAUGAGAAUGGAGAUCAGAUGGCGAAUACGCUCAGUUUGGAAUUCGAAGUGAGACCAACCCACUGCACAGAACUACAAACGGAUGAUUCUCUCAUCGUGCAUUUUGAAGGCAGAUUUGAUGCUUAUUUACUUUCGGAACACAUACAAAUCACUGUGCGUAACGAAGGCCAACCGAUCACUGAUUUCGAUUUGAAGAUGCACAUCAACACUACUGAUGUAUAUCCAGCCGAUAUCGUGCAAAUAAAUGUGACGGUGAAGAAUACAGAACUGUCUCAGUGUGAGUGCAAAUUACUGAUGUUGCAUCUGCAUGCUGGACCUUGGGUAACCGAUGGAGAACUGAUUGAUGUGGGCAAACAAAAUACAAAAUUGGACAAAACGGAAUCCCGACGAAUGGAGAUACUUAACGCAUUCAAUCAGCUGAUUGAUCAAACUCCCAGUGAAACUGGAAAGUGUCAAGUUCGAACAUGGAUGUCUACCUACCUCACAACAGAUGCCGAGUCCGUGAAGACUACUGGGAAGGAACACAUCGAUAAUUCAGCCUACAACCGCCGACAUAUAACAAUACUUUUGGGCAAGACAUGUGAACUGUACUAUAUCCGCAUCAAUUUAACGGAUGUCAAUGAAAGGUGGUUUUCUGGACAUAUCUCCGCCACUACCGAUGGUCGGGCAUUCUCGGAUAUCGAAGAGUGUACCUUCACAGCAGACCACGGAAAUUCAUACACCUGUGUCUUUAAGAACCACUUCCGAGCACGAGGACUGAGAAUUAUACCAACAAAACCAGUGCUCAAACACAAAGUUACGCAAUUUGGUGUUCAUUUGUAUGGCAUAGCCUUCGGAAAAGAUAUUCACCAGUUUGAUCCUUGUAUCAAUCAGUACAUAUUUAUACCAGAAGGAGCACCUAUACUGCCAGAACAACUGACACUGUUCAAUCGUUCUUAUAUCCAUGUGAAUGGCACAUUGAUUGUUUGCCAUCCAUUUCCAGAAUUAGCUACAUUUGCCUAUCCGAAGAUGAAAUGUACGGGUUUAGUUAUGGGACAUUUCUUAAGAUGGUUUGAUCUUGGUCCUAUGGUCUCGCAGGUGAUCACUUAUCAAAAAGAAGACAAGCGGUACUUUGCUCUGGGACCUGAAAGGAACAGUAUCGUGAGUACAAGGGAUCUCACAGACAAUUGGAUUGGGAUAACUAUAUCUGAGUAUCGAAAAUACACCGUUGGAAGACAGCAUGAAAAUGCCACCUAUCUCCCGUGGGACGAGACGGACACGUUUAAUAAAACGUUAUCCGGCGAAAAUUGCACAAACUUCCAAGCCGCCGAAUGGAAUGUUUGCUGCGACGGUAUUUAUUACAAAAACAAGAAGGUUGCCGCUUGGACGAAGGCAACUGAUCUGCCUCCUACUCCUUCCGAGUGA